AUGAACGGUUCAAAUCCAUGUUUCACGUGGAUGAGUUCCUGUAUUUGGCUUUUGCUGGUGAUUUGCUUCAGCCAUGUUAACACAUUGGAGGAUUUCGAAGAUCGGAGGAAGUUUCACGAAUGGCUUUGUCACAAAAGACCAUCGUUACCAAGUUGUUCUUCACCGUUCACAUUGGCAAAGUUCAACGAAGAGCAGAAAACACAUGUAAACCACGCCGAUGAUAAUCGUUUACAGAAAUUAGCUCGCGCUAUGGGAACCAAGACCCGACGAGCUGCCUGGUGGGACGACUCGGAUGAGGACGAAGACUACGAGUACUAUUUGUGGAAAAAGUAUCGUCGUCAGAAAAUAAGAAGACGUCUUCAUGAAAAGUCGAGAGACAGUUCUUCGUCAGAAUCAGUCCAUUAUCAUUAUUACAACAAUGAGCGCCCGUACACGAGUUACUACCAUCGGCCAUAUUAUUCUGGGAGCUACGGCUAUCCUUACUACGGCAGCUCAUAUCCUUAUUACGGAGGAGGUUAUGGUUACGGAGGAGGCUACGGAGGAUAUGGAGGAGGCUACGGAGGAUAUGGAGGAUACGGUGGCGGCCAUCUUGGUUCCUUAUUCCAACUUGGUGCAGGACGACAGAUCGGUAUCUCGACGCCUAUUGGCGGAUUCGGGUACUCUAGUGGAUUUGGUAUAGGUAUUGGUUGA